CGAAGUGAGUUUGCUACCAUCAUGGAAUCAGGAGGACAUUUCGACAAUGUCAUAUAAUGUUUGAAAAAUGAUUUUAACAAGGGUCUCAUUCGAGAUAAGCAAUGCUCUGAGCAAGUGGCUCGUCGUCUUCAAGAAUCUCUUGUUGAUAUUCAUUUGGAUCCUGUUUUGCACGAAGCAUGUGCCAUGGAUAUUCAGAGUUUUUGCAAAAA